CUGUCUGGAUAUAUAUAUUAUCCGGAGAGUGGUCUUUGUUUUUUAUUAAGAUUUGCAACAUUUAGAUCUGGGAGUCUUCUUUUUGAUUUCUGCCAUUUUUCGUGUUGCAUUUGGGCUUUGCCUUCCUCCAAUUCAAGGUCAUGGAUUCCUCGGCUGUGCUUUUAAACCAGCUCAAGGGUGCUGAGCCUUUUUUCUUGUUAGCUGGUCCCAAUGUGAUUGAAUCUGAAGAUCACGUUCUAAGGAUGGCUCACCACAUCAAUACCAUCACUACCAAGCUUGGGUUGCCUUUGGUUUUCAAAUCAAGCUUUGAUAAAGCUAACCGAACAUCCUCCAAAUCAUUUCGGGGUCCUGGAAUGGCUGAAGGCUUGAAGAUCCUUGAGAAAGUAAAAGUAUCAUAUGACAUUCCUAUAGUAACUGAUGUCCAUGAAACUAUUCAGUGUGAACAGGUUGGAAGAGUCGCUGAUAUUAUUCAGAUUCCAGCAUUUUUAUGUCGUCAGACAGAUCUUCUAGUUGCUGCAGCCAAGACUGGAAGAAUUAUCAAUAUCAAGAAAGGCCAGUUCUGUGCUCCUUCUGUCAUGGUAAAUUCUGCUGAGAAGAUUAGAUUGGCUGGGAAUCCAAAUGUGAUGGUUUGUGAGAGAGGCACCAUGUUUGGCUAUAAUGAUUUGAUUGUUGAUCCACGAAAUUUGGAGUGGAUGAGGGAAGCGAAUUGUCCUGUAAUAGCAGAUGUCACACAUUCAUUGCAACAGCCAGCUGGAAGAAAGUUGGAUGGUGGAGGCGUAGCCAGUGGAGGCCUUCGCGAACUGAUACCAUGCAUUGCAAGGACUGCAGUUGCUGUUGGAGUGGAUGGAAUUUUCAUGGAGGUGCAUGAUAAUCCUCUGAAUGCACCAGUUGAUGGUCCAACUCAAUGGCCUCUGCGCCAUUUGGAGGAACUACUGGAAGAGCUAAUGGCAAUAGCUAGGGUAAGCAAAGGGAAGAAACGCUUCAACAUUGAUCUCACACCAUAUUCUGAUUAGGAAGAUUUCAAGAGUUCUCUAAGCGGGUAAGCAGCGUUGCUGCUGCUGCGGCUGCUCAUGUUGGAAGUAUCAUCCUCAUGUUUUCGGAUUUUCAGGUGAUUGAUACUUGAAUGCGCCAAUGUGAUGGCUGUGCGGUUGUCAUUAUUUCAUAUAUAGGAUUUCGCCCACAAAUGGUAAUUGAGCAUUCAACCUAAGUUGACCUAGGCAACUUAUUUUUUGUAUUUGUAGGUGCAUUAUUAUGACUUCAAUUUUCUUUUUUUUUUUAUGUGACAUAAAUGCUAAAAAGUUAGUUUCUAGAAGUUGUGUAUGUGAUGUAGUUGAUGCUAAAGUAAGUACAUUUAUUAGU